GGGAAGACUACGCGGCACUUUGACUUUACCCUGUGGUAGAAGUUGACGUUUCUUGUGGGUCGGGGAUCGCCUGGGCGGUGCUGCAAAUUUGGAUUAAAUCUACUAAUAAUUUCGGACCAUGGCAGCAGUACAGGAGGCUGCUCUCACUAACGGGUUUGAAGGCAUCAAACUAAACGGACACAACAGUGAAGAAGAAACAACUACCAAAGAAAUUCAACCAAAGGGAAAUUUGAAAAAAGUUAAAACCUUUGAAGAAAGCCCUGUUCAAGCGACAGUACCACAGACCAAAACACCUCCAAAGUUUGCUGAAAAUGAAGUAAAAAUCUAUGAAGAUGGACCAGAGCAGGUAAUCCCGACCGACAACCAAUGGACAUCCGAGCCCAGCGGGAGAGUGAAACUCCGGAUAGACCAGAACAACGAGGUAGCCAACCAACCGCCGAUCUCCGUGCCGGGGCUGAUGAGCAGAGCCGUAGCCAAGUGGCCGGACCAUACGGCUUUGUCGUACAAAGAGGAUGGCGUAUGGAAGAAUGUCACAUACAGGGAGUAUGAACAAAAUGUCAAAACAGUUGCAAAAGCCUUCCUUGCCUUGGGUCUGCAGAAAUAUCAUGGAGUCUGCAUUAUUGGGUUCAACUCCCCUGAAUGGUUUUAUGCUGACCUGGGAGCAAUCUACGCUGGAGGAUUUGCCGUAGGGAUGUACACCACCAACAACCCGGAAGCAUGUCAUCAUUGCCUGGAACAGAGCAGUGCUAACAUCUGUGUGGUAGAAGAUGAUAAGCAGCUACAGAAGAUCCUGAAGAUCAAGGACUCUCUUCCUCAUCUCAAAACCAUCAUUCAGUACUCAGGGACCCCCACUACUGCUGGAGUCAUGAGUUGGACAGAACUGAUGGACCUAGGAAGCAAGCAAGGCGAGUCAGAACUAGAGGCAGCUCUUAAAAAAAUUGCCAUCAAUGAAUGCUGCACUCUAGUCUUUACUUCUGGCACGGAAGGCAAGUCCAAGGCUGUGAUGCUUAGUCAUGACUGUCUCACUUGGGAUGCCUACGCAGCCUCUCGCUACCUUGAAGUAGAAGAUGGAACUGAGAGCAUCGUCUCUUUCCUUCCUCUCAGCCAUAUUGCAGCUCAGCUAGCCGAUAUCUACAUCACAAUGACAGUUGGUGCAAAAACCGCCUUUGCUGAUAAGGAUGCUUUGAAGGGUAGCCUGGUAAUGACUCUGGGAGAAGUAAGACCUACAGUGUUCCUAGCUGUCCCUCGAGUUUGGGAGAAGAUCCAUGAGAAGAUGAUGGCUAUUGGAGCGCAGACGACAGGACUGAAGAAGAUGAUAGCCACAUGGGGCAAGGCGUGUUGUCUGCAACACAACUUGAGCAUGAUGAACGGGAACACUGUAGAACCAUACAGGUACAAGUUCUAUCGCUGGCUGGUGUUCAGCAGGAUUAAAGCGGCGUUGGGUCUAGACAGAGCUAAAAUCUGUCUUUCUGCGGCUGCUCCCAUUUCUACUGACAUCAAGACGUAUUUCAUGAGCAUCGACAUCCUCAUUGCUGACGCAUUUGGAAUGUCCGAGAGUUCUGGAGCCCACACCCUCUCAAAGCCCAACGAUUUCCAAAUUGACUCCAUUGGCAGAACUGUUCCUGGAGCAGAAACUAAGCUCCACAAUCCUGACGCAGACGGUCAAGGCGAGAUUUGCAUGCGAGGGAGACACGUGUUGAUGGGUUACCUCAACGAACCUGAGAAGACCAAAGCUGCGAUUGACACUGAAGGUUGGCUUCACUCCGGGGAUGUUGGCACCGUUGAUGACAAGGGCUUUCUACGAAUCACUGGAAGGAUAAAGGAGUUGCUGAUCACAGCUGGAGGUGAGAACAUCCCUCCAGUGCUGAUAGAACAGACUAUCAAAAAGGAACUUCCCUGUAUUAGCAACGCUCAGCUCAUCGGCGACCGAAGAAAGUUCCUCUCCGUACUACUUACUCUAAAGACUGAAAUGGACCCUGACUCAGGAGCCCCUAAGGAUGAGCUGACUAAAGAAGUUAAGAACUGGUGUAAGGAUCUAGGCUGUGAAGUUACCACAGUCGCUGACGUACUGAAGGGACCCAAGGAGAUAAUGGAUGCAAUUCAAGCUGGCAUUGACCGAGCCAACACUCAGGCAAUCUCCAACGCACAGAGAGUACAAAAGUUUGCCAUUCUACCAGCUGACUUCUCCGUACCCACUGGGGAAUUAGGACCAACGCUUAAACUGAAGAGAAACGUGGUUUACGACAAAUAUGCAGAUGUCAUUGAAAACUUCUACAAAGAAUGCUGACGAAAUGGAACACUGUAUAAAAACUAUUUUUAACCGGUGUUGUACUUAAGUAAUGGAAAUCCACUGACUAGGUGCUCAAUUUUAUCAUUUUAUCACUCCAUUUUGAGUGAUUUCCUAAUAGACUGUUUUUGUAUAAUUUUGUAAUAUGUAUCUCUUUGCAUAGCAAUAUAAUAUUUUAAGAAAUAUUUAUGAUACAAAUAUGAGGUUCUAUUUAAACAUUUACUACCCAUAUGCUUUUUUAAAUAUCUACUGUAAGUAAAAAUAUUGCUUAUAAUUUUAAUGAUUGUUUUUACAUAUAAUAUCUUUGUCAUGUGCAUCUUUACAUUGUUUGAUGUUUGGGAAUUAUAUCUUUAGCCUAAUUGUAAAUUUUGAGAUUCAUACUGUUACUUAUACAAAGAUUCUAUUUUUGUUAAUCAAAAUGUAUAUAAUCGUUUGUGAAAAUAAAUUGUUGAAUAUUGUUAGUUUA